UUUGGACACAAAGGAUGGGUGAGAUAAAACACUGUGUGGAUCCUUUCCACGCAUUUAAUAAUAAUACACACCUUUAAAGUAACUCUUUAAACAUACAGCCUGCUGAAGUUCGUCUGUACUAUCAUUAUCAUCAUGACUGUGUUUGUGAUGCUGGUUAACCACUGAUGCUUUAGGUUGAAGUAAAACCAGGAAAAACCUGCGUGACAGGAGCUUUGAAUCCCGUGUUGAAGUUUGUUUGCAGGAUUUAAAUUUCUUUAAAAAAUAUCUUCAGUCUUGGGAGGGAAAGGUUUCUUGUGCACAAGUAUUCAAAGUUAAAGCCACUUUUCUCCACCUAGUCCCGUAUCUCUCUGUCUCUCACACGCCUGCCGAAAUUCAGCUGAUUUCCUGUAAAGGGAGGGGGGAGGAGAAAGCAGCAGCUGAUGGGGCGGUGUGAGGGUGCAGGAAGCAGCGCAGAAACGUCGAGCCUGGAGCAGGGGUGACCACUGGACUGAACUACCUCUGAUCAACUCGAUGUUUCCCCUUAGCUCAGUGUUUGGGGUCAAACAAAGGCCCUGGGCUCACAGUCACUGUUUGUUGUUUACCUCUCAUACUAAAGUGUAGAAGAUGAAUAAUUGUGUGGAAAACGAGAAGGACGGCGCCGACUCUUCACAAUGUAACUGUAACCAGUCCAAAGCAGAUCCACUGGCCUUCAGUAAUGAACCCAGAGCCUUGGACACAAAAGAGAGAAGUAAUAGGAGUGGUGUUUGUGAGGAGGAGCAGCUGUCCUGCUGUGCUUUGUGUCAGGACAUCCUGAAGGAUCCAGUCUCUACCAGCUGUGGACACUGGUUCUGCAGACAGUGCAUCUCCUCAUACUGGGACCAGUCUGCUUCAUCAGGAGACUCGUCCUGUCCCCAGUGUGGUAAAAGAUCCAGAACCAAACUUGGACUGCAGGAGGUUUUAGAUGAACAUAAGAUCAGUCUGAGGAGGAGAUGUGAACGUGUGACUGAAGGAAGUGAUGAAACAGGAAGUAGAACCCUCCUCAACAGGAUCUACACUGAGCUCUACAUCACAGAGGGACAGAGUGAAGAGGUUCAUACCCAACAUGAGGUGAGGCAGCUGGAGACAGCUUCCAAGAUGGACGCCCUCCAUGACGCUCCAAUCAGGUGCCAGGACAUCUUUAAAGCCUUACCUGACCAACAGAGACCCAUCAGAGUGGUUCUGACCAACGGCGUGGCUGGUGUUGGAAAAACCUUCUCAGUGCAGAAGUUCACUCUGGACUGGGCAGAGGGCUUGGAGAACCAACAUGUCAGUGUGGUGGUUCUGCUUUCAUUCAGGGAGCUGAACCUGAUCAGAGAUGAGCAGUACAGUCUUCUGGAGCUGCUCCAUGUUUUCCAUCCAACAUUACAGAAGGUCACAGCAGAGAAGCUGGCUGUCUCUCAGCUUUUGUUCAUCUUUGACGGCCUGGAUGAAAGCAGACUUUCAUUGGAUUUCACCAACAGGAAGCUGCUGUCUGAUGUCACACAGAAGUCAUCAGUCAGCCAGCUGCUGACAAACCUCAUCCAGGGGAAUCUGCUUCCCUCGGCUCUCGUCUGGAUAACUUCCCGACCUGCAGCAGCCAAUCAGAUCCCUCCUACAUGUGUCGACAGGCUAACAGAAGUACGAGGCUUCACUGACGCCCAGAAGGAGGAGUACUUCAGGAGGAGAUUCAGUGAUGAAGAGCUGUCCAGCAGAAUCAUCUCCCACAUGAAGACAUCCAGGAGCCUCCACAUCAUGUGUAGAAUCCCAGUCUUCUGCUGGAUCACUGCUACAGUUCUGGAGCACAUGUUGACUGCAGAGCAGAGAGGAGAGCUGCCCAAGACCCUGACUGACAUGUACUCACACUUCCUGCUGGUUCAGACAAAGAGGAAGAAGAACAAGUACCACGAGGGACAUGAGACGAGUCCACAGGAGCUGACGGAGGCUGACAGGGAAGUUCUUCUGAAGCUGGGGAGGCUGGCGUUUGAACAUCUGGAGAAAGGAAACAUCAUGUUCUACCAAGAAGACCUGGAGCAGUGUGGUCUGGAUAUCACAGAGGCCUUGGUGUACUCAGGAGUUUGUACAGAGAUCUUCAAAAGAGAGUUUGUGAUCUUCCAGAAACCAGUCUACUGCUUUGUUCAUCUGAGCAUUCAGGAGUUUCUGGCUGCAGUCUACAUGUUCCACUGUUUCACCAACAGGAAGACAGAGGUGUUGGAGGACUUCCUUGGACAAAAGUACAGUGGGUCAUCUCUGUAUGAUUUCCUUAAACAAGCCAUGGAAAAGUCCCUCCAGAGUAAAAAUGGCCACCUGGACCUGUUUGUCCGCUUCCUUCAUGGCCUCUGUCUGGAGUCCAACCAGAGACUCUUAGGAGGUCUGCUGGGUCAGACAGAGAACAGUCCAGGAACCAUCCAGAGAGUCAUCAACAACCUGAAGAAGAUAAACAGUGAUAAAAUCUCUCCUGACAGAAGCAUCAACAUCUUCCACUGUCUGAUGGAGAUGAACGACCUCUCAGUACAUCAGGAGAUCCAAAAGUUCCUAAAGUCAGAGAACAGAUCAGAGAGACUCUCUGAGAUCCACUGCUCAGCUCUGGCCCACAUAUUGCAGAUGUCAGAGGAGGUUCUGGAUGAGUUGGACCUAAAGAAAUACAACACAUCAUUGGAGGGACGAUGCAGACUUAUUCCAGUUGUGAGGAACUGCAGAAAAGCUCGACUGAAUUCUUGUGGUCUCUCAGAGACUCACUGUGAAGUUGUGGCCUCAGCUCUCAAGUCAAACCCCUUCCAUCUGAUAGAGCUUGACAUGAGUUACAAUGACCUGCCGUGUCCAGGAGUGAAGCUUCUGUGUGCUGGUCUGGAGAGUCCAAACUGUCGACUGGAGACUCUGAGACUGAAGGACUGCUGGUUGUCAGAGAUCAGCUGUGCUUCUCUGCUGUCAGCUCUGAUGUCCAACCCCUCCCAUCUGAAGCAUCUGGACCUGAGUGACAAUAUCAGCCUGCAGGAUUCAGGAGUGAAGCUGCUUUGUGGUUUUCUGGAGAGUCCACACUGUCGACUGGAAACUCUGAGAAUGACAAAUUGCAGAUUGUCAGAGGUCAGCUGUGAUUACCUGAACUCAGCUCUGAAGUCCAACCCCUCCCAUCUGAGAGAACUGGACCUGAGCAGCAACUACGACCUGCAGGAUUCAGGACUGAAGCAGUUGUGUGUGUUUUUGGAGAGUCCACACUGUAUACUGGAGACUUUAAGACUGGCUGGUUGUGGACUCUCAGAAGCUCACUGUGACAAUGUGGCCUCAGCUCUGAAGUCCAAAUCCUCCCAUCUAACAGAGCUGGACAUGAGCUACAAUAAGCUGCAGGAUUCAGGAGUAAAGUGUUUGUCUGCUGGACUAGAGAGUCCAAACUGUCGACUGGAGACUCUGAGAUUGGAGUACUGCUGGUUGUCAGAGGUCAGCUGUGCUUCUCUAGUCUCAGCCUUAAAGUCCAGCCUAUCCCAUCUGAAACAUCUGGAGCUGAGUAACAACACUGAUGUGCAGGAUCCAGGAGUGAAGCAUCUGUGUGGUUUCCUGGAGAGUCCAGGAUGUAAACUUGAAACUCUGAGAUUGGAAAACUGUGGUUUGUCAAAGAUUGCCUGUGAUUAUCUGGUAUCAGCUUUGAAGUCCUCCUAUCUGAGACAGCUGGACAUGAGAAGAAACAACCUGCAGGAUUCAGAUGUGAAGCAGCUGUCUGAUCUGGUGGAGAGUCCACACUGUAGACUGGAGACUCUGAGGUGGAAAUGAUAAAUAAGGUGGUGCAUGUGCAGAGUGAGGAUGGGCAGUGUCCUGAUGGUGCAGAGAGGCUGAAUCAGCUGCAGCAUGUGUGUAGAAACACUCUGGACUGGGCCAGGUGUCUAAGUCUGUAUUUAAUGACGCUAACAGAGAUAAAGAGUCAGCUGUUAAAUUCACAAACCCUCCAAUCUCACUGUACUGUUGGGGGGAGGUGACUAUUAUUGCUGCACUUUCGUGGUCUCACUGAGGUCUUGGUUCAUUUCUGUCUUACUGUUCUAGAGUUUUUCAGGUUUUGUUUGUGAACCUUUGGUUUCCUGUUAUUAUUUCUUGUAUUAUUUUCAUAUAUUGUGAGAAGUAGUUAAUGUGAUUUGGGGUCUAUAAUAAUGAUAAUGUGAUAAUUUUAUUUUAUGGGUAUUCUAAUGAUUGUCCAGUUCUGUAAUCUAGUGUUUUGAUUCAUGUGUUGUGUUUUAUUAUUACUCCCUCUCUGAUGUUGCUGCUUGUAUUCUGUGUAGUGUCCAAGCUGUUAGGUUGGAUCUCCAUUUAGCAGGUUUUUUGCUGUGCUUUUUAAUCCCUAUGAAACAAAUGUGACUUUGAACAGAAUAUUUCAUCAGUCAUCAUCAUCACACUGUAAUGAUCAUAGUUUGUAUGUUCCCUCUCUUCCACAGACGAGUGGAUCAAACUUUGCCUAGGGCUCCGUGCCUGCAAACAUCUAUAUUUAGUAUACAAACAUUUUAUACAAACGUGUGUGUGUAUAUGUGUGUAUAUGUGUGUAUAUGUGUGUGAGCACUGAACAAAGUCUAACACUUUAUGUUCUUUUUACUUGAGUUUUGCUCUUUAAAGAAAAAAGACUGAACUUUGAGCAGG